UAGUGUAUAUUAUAGAGAGAGAAAGUAAAAGAGAGGAGGAGCAGAUUUUAGAGCGAGAAACAAGGCGCGGAGAGGCCGUCCGAAAUCAAGCACGCCGAGAGAGAGAGAGAGGGAGGAGAGAGAGAGAGAGAAAACUCUUUGCCAUUUUUCUUCUUUCCUUCUUCGUCUUCGUUUUCUCCCUUUCUUCUAGGGCACAAAAUAUUCCUACUGUUUUCAUUCCCAGAAAAUAUACAUAACAUAUUCAAAGCUGCAACAAGAAGAAGGAAGAACAAGCUAGAUCACUAUAAUUACAAAUUUAUACACUAAACUAAUCAUUUUUACUUUUAAUUUUGUUAAUUAAAUAGAUCUUGCUGCUUUGAAUCUCUUAUUUUUAGUUGAAUCAAUAUACCGAUCACAUUUUGUAUGUGCGAUUCCUGGAAAUUAUUGAUUGAGCUAAGGAGAUCUGUCUUACAAGGUUCCGGACCGGAUCUGUGGGAGAUAUUUAAUCUGCCGUUGGUAGCGUCUGAUGAUAGAGGUAUUGCAGGUUUAAGAAAUCCGUCGGGAAAACGAUGAAAUGGGCAACAUUGCUUAAAGACUUCAAAGAAAAAGUCGGUCUCGCUGCUCAGUCUCCUUCUGCUGCAUCAUCUCCUUCAUCUUCUGCUUCCUCACCUUUUCGUGAUAGCAAUGCUUCUUUUCCCAUACAAGACUUCACCUACUUCCCUUCAAGUGACAAACAUGAACUGGAGUUGGAUUUUAAGAGAUAUUGGGAAGAAUUCCGCUCCUCAAGCUCGGAAAAGGAGAAGGAAAAGGCCUUAAAUUUGACUGUUGAUGUUUUCUGUAGAUUAGUGAAGCAACAGGCAAAUGUAGCACAGUUGAUUACUAUGUUAGUAGAGACACACAUAUUUUCCUUUGUUGUUGGAAGAGCUUUUGUAACAGAUAUUGAAAAGUUGAAACUUAGUAGCAAAAUAAGAUCGUUGGAAGUUGAAAGAGUGUUAAAUUUUUUCUCUGAAGUUACCAAGGAUGGCAUCCGGCCUGGUGCAAGUCUGUUGUAUGCAAUAGAGGUCCUUGUCUCUGGUCCUGUCGACAAACAAUCUCUCCUUGAUUCUGGAAUCUUGUGCUGUCUCAUUCAUAUUCUCAACUCUCUUCUUGGUCCUAAUGAGGGAUAUUCGGGGCAAAAAGCUAGUAAUGAUGAGGGAUUGAUACUGACAGAGGAAAAUCAGGAUAACAUGGAAUCGAGCCGUCGGCUUGAGGUUGAAGGAAGUGUAGUGCAUAUCAUGAAGGCAUUGGCCGCCCACCCUUCUGCUGCACAAAGUUUGAUAGAAGACAACUCCCUCAUGUUACUUUUUCAAAUGGUUGCCAAUGGUUCUUUAGUUGCUUUUUCUCAGUAUAAGGAAGGCAUCGUGCCACUGCAUACCAUUCAGUUACACAGACAUGCUAUGCAGAUUCUUGGUCUUCUUCUGGGUAAUGACAAUGGUAGCACUGCCAAGUAUAUUCGGAAGCAUCAUUUGAUAAAAGUUCUUCUCUUGGCUGUUAAGGAUUUUAACUCUGAUUGUGGAGAUUCUGCCUAUACGAUGAGCAUUGUGGACUUGCUUCUUGAGUGUGUUGAAUUGUCCUAUAGGCCAGAGGCUGGUGGGAUCAGGCUUAGGGAGGAUAUCCACAACGCUCAUGGUUAUCAGUUCUUGGUUCAGUUUGCUUUAAUUCUCGCUAAGGGUCAAGAUCAGAAUUCUCAUUUUAAGUUCCUUCCUGAUCAAGGAGUUACUUCGGAUUAUCCUCAUUUGGCUAAUCACGUGGGUAAAAGCGACUUGGAGGAAAAAAGAGAGGAUGCUUUAUCACAAGAUGUGUCCCCUACACUCUCUAGGUUACUUGAUGUACUAGUUAGUCUUGCUCAAACUGGCCCUACUGGUGCAUCUGGCUUAAAAGCUUCAAAAGCUUCUCAUGUUAAGCCUAGUGGGCAUGGCAGAAGUCGUACGUCAUCAGCUGACAGAAUCGUUGAUGAUAUCUGGGAUAAGGAUAUUGACAAAGUUAAAGACCUGGAAGCUGUUCAGAUGUUGCAAGAUAUUUUUCUGAAGGCUGAUAGCAGGACGCUGCAGGGUGAAGUACUCAACAGAAUGUUCAAAAUAUUCUCAAGCCAUCUUGACAAUUACAAGCUUUGUCAGCAGUUACGGACCGUGCCUCUGUUGAUCCUUAACAUGGAUGGUUUCCCACCAUCCUUGCAAGAGAUAAUUUUGAAGAUACUUGAAUAUGCAGUGACUGUUGUAAAUUGCAUACCUGAGCAAGAGUUACUUUCACUUUGUUGUUUGUUGCAGCAACCAAUCACACCCGAUUUGAAGCAUACAAUUUUGUCUUUCUUUGUAAAGCUCUUAUCCUUCGAUCAACAAUACAAAAAAGUUCUAAGGGAAGUUGGUGUAUUGGAGGUUCUGCUGGAGGAUCUGAAACAACACAAGUUUCUUUGUGGUUCAGAGCAGCAUGCUGAUGACCCUAAUCAUUUUGAAAGGAAAUCGGGUUCAAGCUCAAGCAGCUUUAAGAAACACUUGGACAAUAAGAAUGCUAUACUUUCUUCACCCAAACUAGCAGAAUCUGAUUCAGGGAAAUUCCUUCUUUUUGAAGUUGAAGGCACAGUAGGAGUUGCCUGGGACUGUAUGGUCUCAUUGUUGAAGAAAGCAGAAGUAAAUCAAGCAUCAUUUCGAUCAGCUAGUGGGGUGACUAUUAUACUCCCUCUCUUGGCAUCUGACAUUCAUCGUCCAGGUGUCCUUAGGGUGUUGUCAUGCUUAAUUAUUGAAGAUGUGGCACAGGCCCAUCCGGAGGAGUUAGGAGCACUGGUUGACAUUUCAAAAAGUGGGAUGAUUACAAGUGCUUUGGGAACUCAUUACACACUUCAUAAUGAUGCCAAGUGUGACACUUUUGGAGCUCUAUGGCGCAUCCUAGGAGUUAAUAGUUCAGCUCAGAGGGUCUUUGGUGAAGCCACUGGGUUCUCUCUUUUGUUGACCACACUUCAUGGUUUCCAAAGUGAAGGAGAACCCGCAAAUCAAUCAAAUUUGACAAUUUACUUUAAAGUGUUCACAUACUUGUUACGCCUAAUGACAGCAGCUGUUUGUGAUAACACUAUUAACAGGACAAAGUUGCACGCAGUCGUAUCUUCUCAGACAUUUUAUGACCUUCUGUCUGAUUCUGGCUUGAUAAGUGUUGAUUGUGAACGACAAGUUGUACAGCUAUUGUUGGAGCUUGCUCUUGAGAUAGUGCUUCCUCCCUUCGUGAUGUCUGAGGGUGCCACAUUAUCUAAUGCCUCUGACGAGGAAACAACUGGAUUUAUUCUAGUUACCCCAUCUGGAACUUUUGUCCCUGACAUGGAACGCGUCUAUAAUGCUGGUGCUGUGAGGGUGCUCUUGCGUGCUUUGUUGCUGUUUACUCCAAAGUUGCAAUUAGAGGUACUAAACCUUGUUGAUAAGCUUGCUCGUGCUAGCGCCUACAACCAGGAAAACCUUACAUCUGUAGGUUGCGUGGAACUUCUCCUUGAAACAAUUUACCCCUUCCUAUCGGGGUCAUCGCCGAUACUUUCUCACGCUUUGAAUAUCAUCGAAGUUCUUGGGGCAUACAGGUUAUCUGCAUCUGAACUUCGAGUGCUCGUUAGAUACAUUCUGCAGAUGCGACUAGUCACUUCGGGUCGUUAUCUAGUUGAUAUGAUGGAAAGGUUGAUUCUUACAGAGGAUAUGGCCUCAGAAGAUGUCUCCCUAGCACCGUUUGUCGAGAUGAACAUGAGCAAGGUUGGGAGUGCUUCAAUCCAAGUGCCCUUAGGAGAAAGGUCUUGGCCACCUGCUGCUGGUUAUUCUUUUGUUUGUUGGUUUCAGUUCCGAAAUUUAUUCAAGUCACAGGCAAAGGACAAUGAUGCUUCUAAAAUGGGAUACACUAAAGGGCAAGGCGUAGGUGGGCAGCAUCAUGGGCCACAUGCCCUGAGGAUAUUUUCUGUUGGAGCAGUAGACAAUUCAAGCACUUUCUAUGCCGAACUUCGUCUUCAGGAGGAUGGUGUUCUCACCCUUGCAACUAGCAAUUCUUCCUCUUUGUCAUUUUCAGGAUUAGAAAUGGAGGAAGGGAGGUGGCAUCACCUUGCUGUUGUGCAUAGCAAACCAAAUGCGCUGGCUGGCCUCUUUCAGUCUAGCUUUGCUUAUGUUUACCUCAAUGGAAAGUUAAGACACACUGGUCGAUUAGGAUAUUCUCCUUCUCCAGCUGGCAAGUCGUUGCAGGUGAUUGUUGGUACCCCGGUUGCUUGUGCACGAAUUAGUGACUUGUCAUGGAAGCUUAGAUCUUGCUUUCUUUUUGAAGAAGUUCUUUCCCCUGGUUCAAUCUGUUUUAUGUAUAUUCUUGGAAGAGGGUAUAGGGGUCUCUUCCAGGACACAGAUUUGCUGCAAUUUGUUCCUAAUCAGGCCUGUGGAGGUGGCAGCAUGUCAAUUUUAGAUUCUUUGGAUGCUGACUUACCUCUGGCUUCCAACCCCCAAAAGCCAGAUAAUGCUGGAAAGCCAGGGAGUGUGCAGUGUGAUCGGAGUGGAUUUGUUUGGGAUUUGGACAAAUUAGGGAAUCUCUCCCUUCAACUUUCUGGUAAGAAGCUCAUUUUUGCAUUUGAUGGGACAAGUACAGAGUUACUUCGAGCUUCUGGAACAUUCUCUGUGCUCAAUCUGGUUGAUCCAAUGUCAGCUGCCGCUUCUCCUAUUGGAGGUAUACCACGCUUUGGACGACUUAUUGGGGAUGUCUAUAUUUGCAAGCAUUGUGUUAUUGGUGAGACAAUCCGUCCCAUUGGUGGCAUGGCUGUCAUUCUAGCUCUUGUAGAAGCAGCUGAAACGAGGGACAUGCUGCACAUGGCUUUGACAUUACUUGCUUGUGCUCUUCAUCAAAAUCCACAGAAUGUUAGAGACAUGCAGCAAUACAGGGGAUACCAUUUGCUUGCUCUCUUUUUGCACCGGCGAAUGCCAUUAUUUGACAUGCAAUCACUUGAAAUUUUUUUCCAGAUUGCUGCAUGUGAGGCUUCUUUCUCUGAACCAAAGAAGUUCUAUAGUUCCCAGAAGACACUGCCACCUGUCACACCCGUCAAUGAAGGAAGCAUUGAAGACCUUACUUUAUCCAAAUUCCGGGAAGAAUUUUCUUCAGUUGGAUCUCAUGGAGACAUGGAUGAUUUUUCUGCACCUAAAGAUUCCUUGAGUCAGAUUUCUGAGCUUGAAAAUGCUGAAAUGCCAACCGAAACAUCCAAUUGCAUUGUUCUUUCAAAUGCCGAUAUGGUUGAGCAUGUUUUAUUGGACUGGACUGUUUGGGUAACAGCCCCAAUUCCAAUACAGAUUGCUUUACUGGGCUUCCUUGAGCAUCUUGUUUCAAUGCAUUGGUACAGGAAUCAUAAUCUGACAAUUCUGCGCAGAAUUAACCUUGUUCAACAUUUACUUGUUACUUUACAAAGAGGUGAUGUGGAAGUACCGGUGCUAGAAAAAUUAGUUGUAUUGUUAGGUGUUAUAUUGGAGGAUGGAUUCUUACCCUCUGAACUGGAGCAAGUGGUUAGAUUUGUGAUAAUGACAUUUGAUCCACCAGAGUUAACAUCACGGCAUCAAAUAAUGAGAGAAUCUAUGGGGAAGCAUGUUAUUGUAAGGAACAUGUUGCUUGAGAUGCUGAUUGAUCUGCAAGUGACAAUAAAAUCAGAGGAUUUGCUAGAGCAGUGGCACAAAAUUGUUUCAUCAAAAUUAAUAACUUAUUUUCUUGAUGAAGCUGUACAUCCUACAAGUAUGAGGUGGGUCAUGACUCUUCUUGGUGUGUGCCUUGUGUCUUCUCCAACAUUUGCACUUAAAUUUCGCUCCAGUGGAGGCUAUCAAGGUUUGGCGAGAGUACUUCCGAGUUUCUAUGACUCCCCUGAUAUAUACUAUAUCCUGUUUUGUCUUAUUUUUGGCAAACCUGUAUACCCAAGACUGCCUGAAGUUCGGAUGCUAGACUUUCAUGCCCUAAUGCCAAGUGAUGGCAUUUAUGGAGAUCUGAAAUUUACUGAGCUGUUGGAAUCUGUGAUUGCUAUGGCAAAGGCAACUUUUGAUAGGUUGUCUAUGCAGGCAAUGCUUGCCCAUCAAACUGGCAACCUUUCCCAGAUCAGUGCUGGAGUUGUAGCAGAGCUGGCAGAAGACAAUACUGACAUAGCUGGAGAGCUUCAGGGUGAGGCUCUCAUGCACAAAACUUAUGCGGCACGGCUGAUGGGUGGUGAGGCUUCAGCACCUGCUGCUGCUACCGCUGUCCUUAGGUUCAUGGUUGAUCUUGCAAAAAUGUGUCUAUCUUUCUCAGCUGUUUGCCGAAGAGCAGAUUUUCUUGAAAGUUGCAUCGACCUUUAUUUUUCUUGUGUCAGGGCUGCACAAGCUGUGAAAAUGGCUAAAAAACUUUCUGUAACAGUGGAAGAGAAGAACUUAAAUGACGGUGAUGAAACUAGUAGCUCCCAAAAUACUUUCUCUAGUUUGCCUCAUGAACAGGAACAGUCAGCCAAGACCUCUAUAAGUAUGGGAAGCUUUCCUCAGGGACAGACUAGUACAAGUUCUGAAGAUAUGCCGGUGAUGUCGAACAAUGUAGGUACAACAGAUGUUGAUGUUACUUCAUCCCAGCCAGGUUAUGUCAAAGCAGUACAGGAAGAAGCACAAGCCACUGCAGCAAUAGACAAUGAUGUUGUUGACCAUGCUUCUGCUGUCACAUCCAGCAGCAAACAUCUUAGCUUCCGCGAUGUGAAACUCACAGUAGAUCCCGUCCGGCAAACUGAUUCACUGAGUUCAGCAUCCUUUAACAUGUUUGAAUCUCCUAUAUUGUCGGAGAGAUCCUACUCCCAAAUGGCGCAAACCCCAUCCACUUCUCCAGUGGUGACUUCUUGGAUGGGAGGUGAAUCAAAAGUCAACCUAGCAUCAACACCCCUGAUGGAGUCUGCUGCAUCUAUCAGUGAAUUGGAUUCUUCUCCUGAGAUGAAAUCCGCUUCUCAAGGACAAUCUGCUGCAAACACGAUGUUUAUGAUUGGUUCAAAUUUGCUUCUUGAGGUGGAUGACUGUGGGUAUGGUGGAGGGCCAUGCUCUGCUGGAGCUACAGCUGUUCUUGAUUUUAUGGCGGAAGUUUUAUCUGGAUUGGUAACUGAACAAGUGAAGUCGGUACCUGUCAUCGAGGGUAUUUUGGAGAGUGCUCCAUUGUAUGUUGAUGCUGAAUCUGUUUUGGUAUUUCAGGGACUGUGCCUCACUAGACUACUGAACUUCCUCGAAAGGCGUCUUUUGCGGGAUGAUGAGGAAGAUGAGAAAAAGUUGGAUAAGGGUCGUUGGUCUCUUAACUUGGAAGCAUUAUGCUGGCUGAUAGUAGAUAGAGUUUAUAUGGGUGCUUUUCCUCGGCCUGCUGGUGUACUGAAGACUCUGGAGUUCUUGUUAUCUAUGCUACAGUUGGCUAAUAAGGAUGGGCGCGUUGAAGAAGCUGCUCCAACUGGGAAAGGAAUCCUGUCCAUUGGUAGAGGAAGUAGACAACUCGAUGCUUAUGUACAAGCGAUUCUGAAGAACACCAACAGAAUGAUUUUAUUCUCUUUCCUCCCAUUGUUCUUGAUAACCAUCGGAGAAGAUGAACUACUUUCUUCUUUAGGUUUGCAAGUGGAGCCAAAGAAAAGAGUACACUUGAACCCAUCCUCGGAGGAUAGUGGAAUUGAUGUUUGCACGGUGUUACAGUUGCUAGUCGCUAAUAGAAGGAUAAUAUUUUGUCCCAGCAACAUUGACACUGAUUUAAAUUGCUGUCUUUGCAUAAAUCUAAUUUCUCUUCUUCGCGAUCAUAGGCGUCAUGCACAGAACAUGGCUAUUGAUAUUCUCAAGUAUCUGCUAGUACACCGAAGGGCUGCACUUGAAGAUUUUCUUGUCUCUAAACCAAAUCAAGGACCUCCUUUGGAUGUUCUUCAUGGCGGUUUUGACAAGCUCUUAACUGGAAACUUACCUGCAUUUUUUGAGUGGCUUCAUAGUUCUGAACAAGAAGUUAAUAGAGUGUUGGAACAGUGCGCUGCCAUUAUGUGGGUUCAGUUUAUUACUGGGUCAGCUAAGUUUCCUGGGGUGAGGAUUAAAGGCAUGGAUGGUCGACGUAAGAGAGAAAUGGGGAGGAAACUAAAGGAGAUCUCAAAGUUGGAUGGAAGACAUUGGGAGCAGAUAAAUGAACGAAGAAUUGCUCUUGAGUUGGUUCGCGAUGCAGUGGCUACUGAACUAAGAGUAAUUCGCCAGGAUAAGUAUGGGUGGGUGCUACAUGCAGAGAGUGAGUGGCAGACUCAUCUACAACAACUUGUCCAUGAGCGAGGAAUCUUCCCAUUGAAUAAGUCCUCUCAUAGUGAAGAAUCUGAGUGGCAGCUUUGCCCCAUUGAAGGUCCAUAUAGGAUGCGGAAGAAGCUCGAGCGUUGCAAAUUAACAAUUGACACUAUCCAAAAUGUUCUGACUGGACAAUUUGAGUUAGGAAGGCUAGAACUUUCAAAGGAGAGGACUGAGAAUGAAACUAAUGCCUCUGAUGGUGAGUCUGAUAUUUUUUUCAAUCUCAUGAGUGAAAAUCCACAACAGGACUCUUUCAGUAGUGAACUUUAUGAUGGAUCAACUUUCAAAGACUCGGAUGAUGUUAGAGAUGCAGCUUCUAGUAGAGCUGGAUGGAAUGAUGACCAUGAUAGUAGCAUUAAUGAAACGAGUCUCAGCUCUGCUCUUGAACUUGGACCCAAGUCGAGUAGUGCUUCCAUUCAUAAAGCUGAGAGUGUUCAACGGAAGUCGGAACUAGGAUCUCCCAGGCAAUCUUCUUCUCUAAAAGCUGAUGAAACAAGAACGGCGGAGGACAAACCGGAGAAGGAACUAAGUGAUAAUGGUGAAUACUUGAUUAGACCUCAUUUGGAACCUUCUGAGAGAAUAAAGUACAAAUAUAACUGCGAGAGAGUGGUUGGUCUUGAUAAACAUGAUGGUAUAUUUCUGAUUGGAGAAUUAUCAUUGUACAUCAUUGAGAAUUUUUUCAUCGAUGACUCUGGGUGCAUAUGUGAAAAAGAAUGCGAAGAUGGUCUAUCUAUCAUCGAUCAGGCUUUAGGUGUAAAAAAGGAUUUUUCGUGUAGCAUGGACUCCCACUCAAAGUCAAGUUCUUCCUGGGCUGUAACAACAAAGGCCUAUGUUGGGGGACGGGCAUGGGCAUAUAAUGGUGGCGCAUGGGGAAAGGAAAAGGUUUGUACUAGUAGUAAUGUGCCCCAUCUUUGGCAUAUGUGGAAGCUUGAUAGUGUUCAUGAGAUUCUAAAGCGUGAUUAUCAACUUCGGCCUGUUGCCAUUGAGAUCUUUAGCAUGGAUGGCUGCAAUGAUCUUCUGGUUUUCCACAAAAAGGAGAGAGAAGAGGUUUUCAAGAAUUUGGUGGCCAUGAAUCUUCCCAGGAACACCAUGUUGGACACAACAAUAUCAGGGUCCGUAAAACCAGAUAGCAAUGAAGGGAGCCGUCUUUUCAAGGUUAUGGCAAACUCAUUCUCUAAGAGAUGGCAAAAUGGUGAAAUUAGCAAUUUCCAGUACCUCAUGCACCUCAACACGCUCGCCGGGCGUGGUUAUAGUGAUCUCACCCAGUAUCCUGUGUUCCCCUGGAUUUUAGCAGAUUAUGAGAGUGAGAAUCUGAAUUUCUCAGAUCCCCAAACUUUCCGGAAUCUUGAUAAACCAAUGGGCUGUCAAACAGCGGAAGGUGAAGAGGAAUUCAGAAAAAGAUAUGAGAGCUGGGAUGAUCCUGAGGUUCCCAAAUUCCAUUAUGGUUCUCACUACUCUAGUGCUGGAAUUGUCCUAUUCUACCUCAUACGCCUUCCCCCAUUCAGUGUUGAAAAUCAGAAGCUGCAGGGUGGUCAAUUUGAUCAUGCUGAUCGUCUUUUCAAUAAUAUAAAGGACACCUGGCUGAGUGCUGCAGGUAAAGGCAAUACAUCAGAUGUUAAAGAAUUAAUUCCAGAGUUCUUUUAUAUGCCAGAGUUCCUGGAGAAUAUGUUCGAUCUUGACCUUGGUGAGAAACAGUCUGGAGAGAAGGUUGGCGAUGUUGUAUUGCCUCCAUGGGCUAAAGGUAGUGUUCGAGAGUUUAUUAAAAGGCAUAGAGAAGCACUGGAGUCUGAUUAUGUUUCAGAGAAUCUGCAUCACUGGAUAGACCUAAUCUUUGGCUACAAACAGAGAGGGAAAGCAGCUGAAGAAGCAGUUAAUGUCUUCUAUCACUACACUUAUGAAGGCAGUGUUGACAUUGACUCGGUUAGUGAUCCAGCAAUGAAAGCCUCAAUUCUUGCUCAAAUUAAUCACUUUGGGCAAACGCCAAAACAACUAUUCCUCAAACCCCAUGCCAAGAGGCGAACUAAUCGGAAGCUUCCUCCUCACCCUUUGAAGUACUCUCAGCAUCUUGUUCCGCACGAGAUUCGUAAAACCUCAUCUUCUAUAUCUCAGAUUGUCACAUCCGGUGACAAAAUUCUAGUGGCAGGGGCAAAUACCUUGCUGAAACCUAGAACAUUCAUUAAAUAUGUUGCCUGGGGUUUUCCUGACCGCAGUUUGAGAUUUAUUAGCUAUGAUCAAGAUAGGCUUCUCUCCACUCAUGAGAAUCUUCAUGGAGGGAACCAGAUACAGUGUGCCAGUGCUAGUCAUGAUGGCCACAUUCUAGUUACAGGGGCUGACGAGGGAUUGGUUUGUGUUUGGAGGAUUGGUAAAGAGGCACCCCGUUCUGUAAGGCGCUUGCAGUUGGAGAAGACUCUCUGUGCUCAUACAGGCAAAAUCACAUGCCUACAAGUUAGUCAGCCAUACAUGAUGAUUGUGAGUGGAUCGGAUGACUGCACUGUUAUCUUGUGGGACCUUAGCUCCAUGGUUUUUGUUAGGCAGCUUCCUGAGUUACCCGCUCCUGUUUCAGCAAUUUAUGUGAAUGAUCUGACUGGAGAAAUUAUUACUGCUGCUGGUGUAAUGCUUGCUGUUUGGAGCAUCAAUGGGGAUUGCCUUGCUGUCAUCAACACAUCACAGCUUCCGUCGGACUUCAUCCUUUCACUUGCUGGUUGCACAUUCUCUGAUUGGCUGCAAACUAACUGGUAUAUUUCAGGCCACCAGAGUGGAGCCAUUAAAAUUUGGAGAAUGGUGCAUUGCUCUUGCGAGGACAGUGGCCAAAGCAAAUCAAGUGGGAAUCCUACUGGAGGGUUAGGACUCGGGGAUAGUGUACCAGAGUACAGGCUGAUCCUUCACAAGGUACUAAAGUUUCAUAAGCAUCCUGUAACUGCCCUCCACCUUACUAGUGAUCUGAAACAGUUGUUGAGUGGAGAUUCUGGAGGACAUUUGCUUUCGUGGACACUCUCUGAAGAGGGCAUGAAAAGCAUGAUUAGUCGGGGGUGAUUCUGGGAUUAGCAAUGUGUGUUUGUAUUCUAAAAAUAUACUUGGCUUCUUAGGGGCAAUUAAAGGACAACCUGAAUGGUUUCAAUCCACUCAGGGAGCAACAUGAAUUCGUGUGCACGUUGCACAGUAACCGCUGAUAAGAUUGCUGACUUGGAACAGAUCCAAGGAAUCAGAAGGAUCUGUGUAUUGGCACUUCCUGGAAGACAUGAAACAUAUGAUCUUUCUUGAGCAAGUGCCUAGUGGCUCCAGAUGUAGGACUCGGGAACAAGUUGGUUGCAAAUGUUGUUGUCGAUUAUUGUAGAGGGAUUUUGGGUAUUGGGAUGGGAGAUUGGUGGGUCUCUUGAAGCUGUUGUACAUAGGACGGUAAUUGACAGUGUAUACUGAGGUUGUAAAUGUGCAAGUUUUUGCCAGGAACAUCAUGUUGGCUGUAAUUUGAUCCAGCUAACUUUAGGGGCAGAUGUAGCAGUUCGUUUUGGCUUCACUUCAUUUAAAUGAUUGCAAGGGGAAGUUGCAGGCCUGUUUUUGCUUUGUAAAAAAAAUAUAUUCUCCCAGGUUAUUUAUUAAGAUUGAAUUGGGGUCAUAUGCUCCUUGGUUUUCCUGUUAGAAAGGCAGUUGCUUGCUGUUUUUUUUUU